AAAUAUUCGCCCAUAUCCGGGUCACCGCAUUCUUUCACAAUGCACAUCUUUAGCUGAAGACAUUUUCACAGUAGGCGAAACAGCGUUUUAUAUGAAACGCUUCUAUAAAUAGGAGUAAGCGCUAAAAUCUCAGACUGCGGAGAAUCGAGUUGACUUCUCUCAAGAGCACUUCGACGUCGGCUUAAUCUAACAAGUCACGAACUUUCUAAGCGCUCUCUCUGUCAACAGUCACAAUACAGGAUAUAUUAUCCCAGUGCGCUCGGCAUCAGAUUAGCUACCAACGUCACGGGUCACACGCCAGGUAGAUUACAAAACUGACGUUCUGUUCCUCACCUCACAUACCACAACACACGACAAAAUGGCAGACAAGGGAAGUCUAACUGUGAUACUUUUAGCGACAUUAUUACAGGUGUGUGAAGCCUACAGUUGUUAUUAUUAUGGCGGUUGCUGGUAUACAUGGUGGUACCUUUGGUUUGGCGUCUUUAUCCUCAUCUCCUGCAUCUCUGUGUGCACUGCAGCUUGCUGCCGACAAAACAGACAACGACAACUACAAGCCACGGUUGUGACCCCCCCAGCGGGUGCCCUCCAAACUAACCAGUACUCUGCCGGCUAUUACAUGCCCCCUAACGGCACCUACCCGCAACAACCGCAGGCAUGGGCCCAACCCAACUGGAACAUGAUGCCGCUAGAUGGCAGCACGGCCUCUCCAGGAGGAGCUUUUCCGCAGCCGCCCCCCUACAACCCUAGCAAGGAGGGCGAUGUGCCUCCCCCGUACGCCCCGCCCCCGUACCCAGGGGUAGCACCAGGGGUAGCACCCCAGAAUCAGAACGCCUACGUGCCACCAACUUCGAGUCCUCAGUAAUAAGGGCAUAUGAAGGUAGUCGAAGUCGUUUGGUGACUGUUGUUGACGUUUCCCUUAUUUUGUUUGUUGACCAAGGGAAAUGCGGACACGAAAGAGAUUAUUAUUGUGGAAAGUAUAUAUUAUGUAUUGUGACCCAAGAGUUCAGGUUUUUUUUAAUUAUUUUUUUUAAUAACGUGGAGUGAAAAAUACAUUGAAUCAAAAAGAAUCAUUUUGGCGCCAGAACAAUAUGUUAUUUAUGAGAGGGGAGUGUCUAUUAUGGUACAAAGGGAAUUUCGUAUGAAGAAUUAACGCAUUUUUUUAUGGGAAUUUAAUUAUAUUAUUGUGAUAAUAUUGUACGGCACUUAACACGAUGUCCCACAUGUAACUUACAGUUGACACAAAAUGUUGAUAGAUUUUGUAAAAGCACAGAACAAUAUUUGGAGGAAGAGAAUUGUUUGAGCUGUUAAUUUUGAAAAAGUGUCGUUUCAACUUUAUGUGAGUCGUUUUUGUUUUAAGUUUUGUAAAAACUUUUUCUUACAUUAUCCAGUUGGUCUAUGCAAUUAGAAUUUUCAUCACAUUUUAUCGAAAGUUAUAGAGGCGUGAUUUAACUGGAUAUGUAUACUGAUUUUAUUUUCUGAAAAGCAUUUCAAAUUUCUAGAUAUAGGUUAAUGGUCCGACAGACCAUGGGGUAAUGGAGAAUGCAUUGCCUUAUUUGCUUGAUAUAUAAAACAUAGAAACAGAAAGGUAGGGUGUAUUUUUAUGUGUUUACGAUAAGCUUAGAAAAACAUUCCUAUUUUUCAAUUUGGCAAGGAGAAAAGGGAAAAAUGAAAAUGCUAGACAAAGCUUGAGCGGCUGCUGCAUUGCACAAGUCAAGGAUGAGAUUUUACUUUACAAGUACGCUAUCAGACUGUAGCUGUUCUAUUUAGUAACGUUAUUCUUGGUUGGUUUGGCGUCUGGCAGGUAUUGUGUGCUCAAAAUCGAUAACAUACGUUGCGAAACAAAACUUCGCGUGACAUAUAAAAUAGCAAAAAAGCAACGGAACACCUUUCACCUUACUCAAACAGAAUUACUACUGCGAUUUAGCUGGCGCGUUCAUUUCUAUAGAGAAAAAAGAAAACUGCUUCUUACUUUUCAGAAGUCGCCACAAUACAUCUGAGAUGGGUUUUGAGAUAUAAAAUACUUUUGCCAUUUCUGCAAACAAUAUCGAAGUCUAGUACACAUGCAUAGUAUUCAUAGCUGUGUUAAUACUCCAAUACCAGGAAUAAUAUUAUUACCUGGAGUGGCUUAAAGCACAUUUUCCCAGAACCCAGGACGGAAUAGAUUAACGAUUUCUUACCUGACAUAAAAAAUGUUUCUGUCUGCAAUCGAUUUAGUCAAGUCAGCAGAGCUAGCUAAUACCGGCUACUUUUUCUUGAAGGAAUGUAGAAAGAAACCAAAUUAAAACAAAUUAAAAUAGACUGAUUGAAGUGGUGAAUGGGUUUAAAGAAUUUAUACGUGUAUCACCAUAGAAAAAAAGAGACCUUUGGUAGCCGCACAGUUAGUGCAUAAAAUAAGCGUUACAGCAUAGUUUCAUUGCUAUGGAAUAUGUUUUUCUUACACUACACAUAAACAUAUCAGCAAAGGUGUGAUAAUAUGUAAAUGUAUAUUUAUAGCGCUCACGAGAUUAGGAAAUUAUGUCCCACUAUAUAUAUAUGCAUGCCUUUUUGAUAUAUACACGUGCCUUAGCAGUUAUCGUGCUCUCCGGACGCAUUAGCUAGAAGACAAUAUGCGACUCAGACACAGAAAAAUAUUCUUAGGUCAUUGGUCGGACCGGACCCAGGAGGGGCCGAUCCUCUCUUUUAAAAUACACAGAAACUCCAGGGUCCCAUAUCAAUGAUAGUAUAAGGGGCCAAUGUCAUUUGCAAGAACGUAAUGGAAAACGGACUACGGUCCCAAGCCAACUGCCACCCUCGUCACCCAUUCUUUUUGGUAACCUAGUCAACAGCUUAACGCAUACAUGUGUUAUUGUCCAAUCAAUGAAGUUACUGUCUUCAAGUGAUAGGUCUGAAGCUGUUGAUAUGGCGCAGUGACCCCCCCCCCCUUUUUUUUUUCUACACACCCUCAACAUUGUUUGUCCAAUAAAGUCUCUGUCUACAGGUAGUAAGUCUGGAGAUGCUGAUUUAUAGUCUCUACCUAAAGUAACGCAGUUACUCCCCCUCCCUCUCCCUACACAUCCUCAGUCCUUCAUCGGCAUAAUAAUAUAAUGGUUAAACUAUAGUUCUUGUGCUUAAUAAAUCUUGACUAAUGAAAAUGCAUACUUAACAGUAGUUUUCAGCGGGUAGGUAGAUAGAUUUUCACAAGGGAUUACAUAUGUUAUUUCUACAUUUGUAUUGAAUAUUUGUUAUUAUGCUCAGAACGGGGCUUAGUCCUGUUGUAACAAACGAAUUACAUUCCAUGAUAUCUUGAUAUUUAAUAAUCUGUAGUCAAAUAUGCAGUCUAAUUGCUAUACAUAUGUUAGUAUAUCAUAAUUGCAAGUUACUUGGCGACUACUUUGUUAUUAUGUCGCUGAGCGUAAGUUCACAAAUAUACGACGAGGCCUAGGUCGAUUUUGUUUGGAUGACCUUUCCUCGCAGAUGUCUCUUUUUCAAAUGAGUGGUCGUAUGAAUACAAUAUUGGCUUAAAAUGGAAAAGAGUCCUCGACCAGAAAGUAGUAAUUACUGAAAUGUUUCUAAAAACAUGUCAUGAAAUAUUCAAGAAUUGCUUUAUUUUCUCCGCACUCUUUGUUGUAAUAAAUAUAUAUUUUUAUAUAA